CUUCUCCUUCCAUUCGCUCCAGAAAGUUUUCUCCUUUCGUAGGUGCAGAGCAAGUUGAGCAACCCUAAAUGAGUAAAUAUCUUCUAUGUUCCCAUGUACGAACCGAUUAGUUCCUUUGUUUGCUCUGAUUCUUUGGAGGUCUGUUAGUGUGAAUUGAUGUGUUUUCAGAUGCCAUUCAAUUAUGUUUUAUGUACGGGUUAUUGAUUUUACUUGUUUGCUGCAUUAAUAUUUACUAUGUGGCUCUAGAUCACAUCCUUCGUCUUUUCGGAUUAUCUCGGUGUUCCCCACACCCCCCCCCCCCCUCCCCCUCUUUAAUUAGGGCAAAUCAAUAAUGUGUUUUCAGUUUCCCUAUUGGUAUCGAAUCAAGCUUUGUUCUUUAUGAUUUGAUUUUAGUGUUUUGCGUUCAGCUAAUUACUAGUACUAGUAUGUGGUAUUCUGCUUUUACCUUUUCAGGAUUGACAUAGUGAUUGGACACUGUCAACGGUUAUUUUACGGCUGUAUACAAACACUGCACCGAACAACUGGUAAAUUAACUGUUAUGUAACGACCUUGAUAGGUUUUUCUAUUCGACACUUUCAAUGUGGUUGUUGGCUUCUGCAUUUGUUAGCUGCUGCAUUUGUUGGCUUUUGUUUUAUUUACUUUCUCUUUAUAUACAUCUGAAACUGGUUUGUUUGCAAAAGUGUUGCCAUUGUAUUGUACUCCAUUGUGGUAUUGCCUAUUUCCCCCUAACAAGUGGAUUGCCACUUCAUUUCAUCAUGAUGGUCGUUAAUCUAAAUAUAUAUUUAUGGGUGUCAAUAUCAGCGUAGUGGAAGCUCCUGUACUUAAGCAUUCAAGUAUUAUUAGCUCGUAAAAAAAUUUGAUUAUGGCAUUAUGCAGAGUAAAGGUGAUAAUGGGAGUACUAUCUUAGGGUCCUUUACUACAGGAGGGAUAUAUGAUACACACUGUGGGGUAGUGAUUCUAACUAUGGAUCUCAACCAGACCUCUGGUUUGAGCUAUCGGUUAACCUUGCUCCGUCGCCUGACUUGCACAAGCAACACCCACUGUUAGUGCCCAAACUUAUUGGAGUCGACCGGCAAGGCACUCAGAUGGUUAAGUAGGAAGUUACAAGUGGAGAGGUAAGCACACAGCUUUAAGGGUUAGGAGAAAUGGCGUACCCCUCUGGGGUUUAUCUUUACCCUUUGUAUAGAGCCUCUAGACUUGCCCCCCAAGUAUACGCGUGCUCAGUAAUUGCUUCGGCUGACGUCAGUAAUGACGUAUUGAGCCAGUCAGUUAUGUGCACGUGCGUGAGCUGGGUUCCGUAAGUUUCGCGGGUCAUAACGGCCGGAACCGAUAAGGCACAACUUCCAAGUUACGUGGUCCAGAUCCAGUUCGCUGAACCGUGACUGGUCGAAUUUCAUGAUCCGAACUGUGGGGUCCGGAUUGUAGUUCGGUCCAGCCCAAAGGAUUAGGCCGGUGAGUCCUGUUAGGCUGUUGAGCCACCUGACCUAAUUGAGCUGCACUAUUUGGCCACUACACACACCCACAUUUCAAUUAGGCAAUUACCAGAACCAAAGAGUUAUGAGUUUUAUGGCGAAUGUUGCAAAUCAUUGUGGUAUAGUAAUGAAAAGGGUGUACCAUAAUAAAGUUAUGGAGGCUUUGUGGUGAGAAAAGUUACGAAGUUUCGUGUCAGACUUUAGUGACCUUUUGUUGUGUUAGUUACGAACUAUUGUGGUGCAGUUACAAACCAUUGUGGUGUGGCCGUGCAAUAUACACUUUUUAGGGGUGUGUAUUCUAGGCGUUCCCAUUUAGUAAUUGUUAUACUUAUUCAUUUCUUAACCGUAUUUUGCAGCUUGUGUUAGGGGGGUGGAUUUUUCCCUACUUAGUGGCAUUUCAUGGUACAAAUCGUGUACGCGAUAUAGCCAUUAUCUACUAGCUAUGCUUGUAUGUCUAUUCUCAUGUGGAUUUUAGCAGAAUUGUCUAAAUGUUUUUUUUGGUCCUUGUGAUUUUGUCAAGCUUUCCAUGCAAUCUUUACCUAAUUAAUAUACGAGGCAGAUAAUAUUGCCUGGCAGUGUCUUAUGAAUCUUUGCUUAUUCGGAUUUAUGCUUUAUUGUCUUUUGCCGUUUGCUUGGAACAUCUGCAGCAGUUUUAAGAGUUUCAUCUGCAUGGUUUAUUAGGCAUAAAUGUAGCGAUUUUUUUGCAUUAUUUAGAUUGUUAAUGAAUCUGUAAUUAAUGUCUUCAAAAUAUUCUCUAAAGUCCCCAAAUGUUUGCUCUACAUCAUUCAUUGCCGAUAUGGACAAUUGUAAUAAGUCAUUAUUACUUUAUCUAGUUUUGAAACUUGAAGAUUCCCCAUUCAAUAUAUCAUAUUUUGUCUUGAUAAUUUUCUGGUAUGUUGACCCAUUUUACAAUUCGACGCUUUGUAGGGUAUGAUGUUAUCUUAUGCUGAAUUGCCUUUGUUGUUUGUUAAGAUGUGGGAUGAUGUAUUAGCACAGUCCAAAGGUAUUGACUCUUGAAAGUAAAAGUGGCUUUGGAAGCAUUAUGACAGUCAAGGACUUCUUUACCUUGACUGAGAUGAAGGAUGGGCACACAUCUACUGCUAGGGUUAGUGAGCUGGCCAAUGUUAUGCAGAUGGAGAAAGAUUGCAUUGCAAAGAAUGUUGGUGAUGCCAUAUGGAAGUGGUCUAUUGUAGCAAGCACCGUAUCGGCCAGCAAUGAGAAAAUACUGCCUUGCCUUGUUAUAAAGUUAGAUGACUCUUGUUUGUUAAUAGGUGGCUUAAGGAAGCUCCUAAUUCUGGUGAGGACGCAAGUGACAACUUUUUGGAAGAGUCAAUCGUACUGCGUAUGAUAAGGAGAAUCUUCAUCUUAGUAUGGAUGACUGUCAACAAUCUCUUUGGCCAUUGUAGUGAUAAAGUCAAGGAUAGAGCUAGGGUUCUGUUUGAUAGAUGGAAGCCAGAUGGUGACAGUGAUGUAGUUCCCCAAGAUGUUGACAAGGCUGGGGUUAGGGUUAUUUCUCCUUUUGGAGGAUUUCCAAAAGCAUCACUUGAUGGAGACAUAGAUUAUACUGGACUAGGGAUAUGCUGGUCCCAAACCAAAGCAUUGAAGUAUGCAAGUCAUAAUUCCCCAAACAGAUUCGGUGCAAUGGGAGCUUCUGUCUGAUAGAACCCGUGUCUCCAUCAAGUGAUGCUUUUGGAAAUGCCUAAGAAUGUGCGAUGGAACCUGAGAUGCAAAAUGCUUGUGGUAUCCAAAGACAACUAUUGUCUAAGGAUUUUCCCUUUGGUAAUUUGGGGAAUGGAUAUGUCGGAGAAGAAAAGCAGAAUGGAUGAUGAAACUUUGCGUCAUUCAGAAGCAUAGGUGUUGUCAAAAUAAGGGUCAUGAUUAUAAUUCUACCACUUCAGUGGACUCCACCAGAAAUGAUGGUAAAUUGUGAAAUUGGAGGAGUCAGAUACUUCUUUCUCCAUUGAAGAGAGUGGGAGAUCAACUGAGAUAGUGAAUAUGCUACUGACAAAAGUGAGGAUAUGGUAAAUAACACUACUAAUAUUUUGAAACUGGAAAUGAAUGUUAAAAGUACUGAUGUGCUGACAGAAGAAGCUCUAAUUUGGAGCUUGAGUAUGGCGUAAUAGAUGCACUGGAGGUUGCUAGACAAGUUACUAUAGAAGUGGAGAGAUUUUGGGGAUCGAAGGGAGUCUUCCGAGUCUAAUAGCCCGGAGUCUAUACAUGGUAAUAAAAUCCAACCCAUUGACCGCAUCUAAGGAGGUGCCAGAUGGAAAUCUAUCCGCCGAGACUUUUCAACAAAGGGGGAAGAACCUUUAAAGCUUUUAAGUCAUGGAAAAAACCCUAGAUUCUAAAGUGGAAAUCGCGCACAAUAUAAAGAGUCCUUUCAGGUUACUGAGGCGGCACGAGAACCAGAAGUUAACACAGAGAAAGGUGUAGGUGAUUUUGAUCUGAAUCAAGAAGUUUGCUCUGAGGAAAUGGAUCGCCCAACGAAUGCAAUCACAAACCAUAUCUUUGUGGUUUCCGCUUCAAGGGCUGCAGCGGCUCCUCGAUUGCCUUUAGCCCCUUUGCAAUUUGAGGGUGCUCGUGGUUGGAAAGGACCCUCUGCAACCAGCGCUUUUCGCCCCGUAUCGCCUCGCAGAUUUGUUGAAAGUGACAACACUCAAGUCGGUGGUGGGACCCAUAGUAGUCCAAGGCAGCGACGGCAAGACUUCCUUGGGUUUGAUCUGAACAAGACUGAUUCAGCAGAGGAUGAAAUUGCUAAUCUAAUACCAGGAAAACAAAUCCUGGUAUCUGGGGAAUCCUCAGUUGAAGUGGGACCGAGAAGAUCAGAGGGGCUCAAGUUGGAUCUUAAUCGUAUCAGUGACGAUGAUGAUGCCCUUCCUGACUGGAGCAUAGAGGGACGGAUAUGUGACCACAAGAACGGUCAUCUGAGCCCACCUCCUUCCUCGUCGACAUCAUCAAUGUUGAGGAACAUUGAUUUGAAUGAUCAACCAUCUCUCUGCAAUGAUUCUUCAAAUCUCCAGCCCUAUUUUGGUAAGUCAUCUUCUCUACUGAAUUUAAAUGGUUCUGAAGGGACCAAAUCAGGCGAUUCGGUAAUUUAUAUCAUGGGUACCAGAGUGAAGGUCAAUCAAAAUGAUUUUGUUCCGCGAUCUCGUUCCUUGCCAAAUGGGUUGAUUCUAGGACCUUCAUUGGAUGAUAGUUUGGCAAGAAGAGGAGGUUUUUCGGCCAUGGAGUCCCCAAUGCCAUAUGCGUGUCCACCUGUAUUUGGUUACAGUCCUUGCAUGGUGGAUUCAAAAGGAGCACUGGUUGUACCCCAAACCUGGGAUUCUGCGUCCACUUAUCAACCACCGUUUGUAACGAGUAAGAUGGGGACACAUCCAGGUUCAAUGGAGGCUGGGCCUUCAAGGCCCAACGUUGAUUUGAACCCAGGCAUUAUGAUUGAAGGGGGAAACAAGGAAUCUGAGGGUGUGCUGCAGAUUUUCAAUUCUGGUGAGGUCUGGUUAAAUGGUGAGCAGUUGAGGGUCAACUCGCUACCUUCUUCGGAUUCUGGUGGCACUGGUAAACGAAAGGAACCAGAGGGUGGGUCGGAACCCUACCCAUUUGGGUACAGACAUCAACCACAGUGGAAAUAGAGUACUUAUGUCUGGUUUUUCUCUCUUUGGAUCAGUUUAUUAGGAACUAAACACAACAGAAGUUUUCUACUUGUAGAUGAUCCAGAGAAGGCGGGCCUGGUGAAACUUGAAAUUUUUGGGAGGGAGGGGGAGUUUGGUAGAGCUGAAUAAGAUUGGGAAUUGUGGAUAUACAGGGAGUGAAGGGAUUCAAUGUUAAAAAAGGAAAGGAAAUUAGGUUAUAAAAUAGUUUGUUUCUUAAUUAAUUAUUUUCAAUGUUUCAUUUCACAGCAGUCCUUUGCUAUAGUUGGAAGCUUGUCACAUGUUGCAUUCCCUGGCUACUGUGACUCAAGGGAUUGAUUCAUUGCCUAAGAAGAAAGGAAGUUAGGUUUUAAAUACACAGUUUGUUUCUUAAUUAAGUAUUUCUAUGUUACAUUUCAUAGCAGUCCUUUGCUACAGUAGGAAACUUGUUACAUUUCGCUGUAAUCUCUCUCUCUCUCUCUCUCUCUCUCUCUCUAUGAAUGAAAUUUAGAGAAAGGAAUCAUUUUUUACCUUAUUCCGGCUCACAUAAAUGGUAUAGGUAUCGAUAUGGAAGCUUGUAUGGGAGUAUGUGUGUGCCAGAAAAAGUGGUUAUAAUGGCAGUUGCUUAUUUAUGAACUUCCCGCAUGGGCGAAUUGUAUUUGUUUUUAUUUUGAAGAUUGCGCAAAAUUCAGGUAUUCCAUGUUACUGCCGCUGAUGUUUGAUAUUGAGGAACUAUUGAAAUACAAAGCCUAGGCACACUGGUAAUCUGAAACUCAGCUUUGUAUUGAAGAACUGUGUGUUUGCGUACUUUAACAGUUUCUUUAAGCCAUAGGUUUGACAGAUUAUGGUCUUGAUUGCUCCCGCAUUGUUGUCUAAACUGCGUGCUUUGAUGCCUUUUUGAUGGCCAGUGUCGAAUUUGAUCUUGG